AUGGAAAGCAAUACUAUUAUUGAAAUCAACGAUACUCCAACACCAGAACCAGUUAAUGAACCUCUUGGUGGGCCUGUGACGGGGCCUGUUCCUGACACAAUCACCGAUGGCCACCACGCCCCACAAAGCCUACCAGAUCCCCCAAGUGAUGAAGAGAGAGGUCGCCUUGUCCGAUCCGCCAAUACCUCGCCUGAGCCCAGGCUAGAGAACGCCCCACUGAGAAACACCCAGUUGCAGCUGCCGGCCAGUGGGCCUGUGACGGGGCCUGUUCCUGACACAAUCACCGAUGACCACCACGCCCCACAAAGCCUACCAAAUCCCCGGAGGAAUGUACAGAGAGGUCGCCUUGUCCGAUCCGCCAAUGCCUCGCCUGAGCCCAGGCUAGAGAACGCCCCACUGAGAAACACCCUGUCACUGCUGCCGGCGAAGUCCACAGCCCCGGAAUUGGCCAUUCAGCGAAGCAUCGGCCCUAAUCGGAAGCGGAAGGCCCCUUCAUCUACCAAUGUACGCAAUAAUCGUCGUCGUUCCGCCAGAAAAAAACGCACCAGGAACGCUGAAAGGAAGUACUCCUCGCAGUUAGGCCACGACUUUGUCGGAUUCGUUUCUCCGACAACUGGACUUAGGGCUUUUGAAUUUGCGACAAACAUCUUGCAGCACUAUGUCCGGAAGAGCGUUAGGAAAAGGCUUGUGUACUUCUCUGACGCAUCUAUUCGCUUUCUAUGUGGUGCUGUAGGGAUCGUCUGGCCUAAAAGCUUCACCUCCACAGAAUUCGAAGGAAAGGGAAUACAGUAUCCUACCAGUAUCGACAGUACGGCAACACUUGAAUUGUUCGGCAUUGCCUCUGCCCUCGAGACAGCCAUCAAUGACAUUGAUAAUGAGCGGUUUGAUGUUGUGCAAGGUCUCCCAGAGAGGAAGACGUCUCAUCAAGGGAUUUUGGGCCAAACCAAAUCCCACUUACACCAUAGGGCCAAGGAGCUGUUUGUGUUCACCGAUGAUGCUCAAGCGCUCAGACGGAUUAGUGGCAGCCUUCCUUAUCCCGCCAAAGGAGGUAUCGCCACACAGUUGGCAGCUAUCAGCGCGCACUCAAAGACCUUAAGUUUGCUUGGGGUCCACGUCGAGCUUCAUCUGAGCCCCGGACAUUCUGGGAUACCAGGUAACGAGGCGGCUGACGCAAUGGCAAGAGAAACCCAGCGUCAGUUCCUCCUUGCGAGUACCACGUCUUGGGCCACAAGUCAGACAGGCCAAAGUAACCUGCCAGCAAAUGUGCCGGUGCAGGCGAGCCUUCUUGGGCUAUAG